UCAGGUGUCCUCACUCUGCCUCAGUUCCUCAUCACUGUCCCAUGAUUACAGUCAUCAGCCAUAGAUUCCCCAAGCUGUGCUCUGAAGAGAGAAUGUUCCAGACUAAAGCUGAGACCCUGAGAGCCUCCUUCCUGGCCUUCCUGCUGAGUCUCCCGGGAUCUGGGGCCAUCAAAGCGGAGCACGUAGCAGUAUAUGACAUAUUUGUACAGACGCAACACCCAUCCGGUGAAUGCAUGUAUGCGGUUGACGGCGAUGAGCAGUUCUACGUGGACCUUGACAGGGAGGAGACGGUCUGGAACCUGCCGGAGUUCAGCAAGAUGUACGCAUUUGACGCCCAGGAGGCUCUGCCCUACAUCGCCAGCCUGAAGAACAACCUGAGAGCCUUGAUGCAGAGAUACAACGUUACCUCAGCCCCCAGCGAGCCUCCCGAAGUGACCGUGUUCCCCAAGAACCCAGUAGAGCUGGGCCAGCCCAACAUCCUCAUCUGCCACAUCGACAGGCUCUUUCCCCCGGUGCUCAAUGUCACAUGGCUGCGUAACGGGCAGCUGGUCACUGAGGGAACUUCUGAGACUGUCUUUCUGCCCAGCACGGAACUCAGAUUCCACAAGUUCCACUACCUGACCUUCAUUCCCACGGCAGAGGAUGUGUAUGACUGCAGAGUGGAGCACUGGGGCCAGGGCCAGCCAAGUCUUGGUCACUGGGAAAUGCAGGAGCUCUCCCAGGUAUCUGAGACAAUGGAGACCGCGGUCUGUGCCCUGGGCCUGGUGGUAGGCCUGGUGGGCAUCACGGUUGGCAGUGUGCUCAUCCUAAGGGCUCCGCAAGGCAGCCAUAACCCCCAAACCCAGGAACCCCUGUGAUGAUAUUCCUAAAAAGAACGAGGCCUUGGGAAGACGUCCUGAACUUGUACCGUUGUUAUGUAGCCCUGGCUGUCCUGAAACUCUGUGACCUGGCUGGCCUUGAACUCACAGAGAGCUCUGCCUCCUUGAUGGAUAGACUUAAGCACUCAGCCCUUAACACUGUUACUAACAAAUUAAUGAUAUCAAGUGGGCGUUGCUGUGCUUGGCACCAGUCCGGAUGCCCUGCCCUGGGCUCCGCAGCUCUGGGCUCCCGCAUGAACACUGCUGCCUGCUUCCAGAGAGUGCCCAACAGCUAUUUUUCCUGUUUCUGAGCUGGGAGACUGAGCCUGGCUGGAUGUCCGGGACCAGGUCAUUGAUGACUAAUAUCUCAUGGCAGUGUGGUUUCAAGUGGCCCCAUGGAAGUAAUUCAGAGGGCUCUAACCUCACUCCGGGGGAACAUUUGAGAAUUUGGAUGUGGCCCUGGAGAGGGAACAAUGGUAAAAUGUACUUGGAUGAAGAUUCGUUUGGAUGAGUCUGAGGGUUGUAGUGGCUGCAGUUCCUGAGGGAAGAGAGUCAGGUCUUCCUCUAGUUUGAUUGUAAUAAAGCGUCCUUUGCUGAGUUCUCACUUCUUCUAAUAUAUCAGGUAAAACUGA